UUCUUCCCGCUGCAGCCCGAAAUUUCCCCCUCCAAGCCGCCGGCACCAGCUUUGAAAAAUUGGUGAGAUAAGCUUGGUUUUCUCCUUCCUUUCUUGCUCUAGAACACACCUAGAACCCAGAAAUCUCUCCCCCCUACAGGAGCUUCCGGAUCUGCCUUGCUCUGCUUCUUCACCGCCGGCUGCUCUUGCCUUGUGGGGGCGAAUUGGCUUGGUUUUUUGUCCGUGAGUUUCCCUGCAACUUGCCGCCGGCUUCUUCUUCCCCCUGCAGCUCCGGUUCCUUGCUUGCUGGAUUUAUGGUAUGUGACAGCCUUUUAAGGCUUAAAUUAUCCAUUUAAGGUUGCUGCUUUGUGAUGUCCGAAUUUGGCUAGGAAAUGGGGAAAUUCCGGUAGCAAUUAAGAGGGAUUUAAGUGUGUUUUGUUGCUUAAUUCAAGUGAGAUUUAUGUGAUUGAGUGUUAAUUGAUUGUUGUGUGAUUUUUGGAGAAAAUCCCGUGAGAUUAGCUAGUGUUUUGGCCAAUUUGUGGAAGUGGAGUUACUGUUCACGUCGGGGGACUGUUCACCGGUACUGUUCACACCCCGAGGGCCAACAUUUAACGGGAAUUUAAAUGAUUAGUUUGUGAUAUGAGAACGAUUUGGAGGUAUUUGAUCAUGUGGAGAUUGAUAGGAAUAGCAUUGGGAUUAAGACUUCUCGAUCGUUCUGUCAGUUUAGUACGUGACUUGAGUGCUCGGUUUUAUGCGAGUGAGGUAAGUAAAAUUAUGGUAACGCCCUUCGACUUUUCAAGCAUGUUUUGAUUUGUUUUUGAAAUGGUGGCGGGACUAAACCCGUUUUACACAAGUAUGACUGAAUUUGAAGUGAAAGGUUUUAUGCUUUUCAUUAAAUUGAGCAUGCCUACUUGAAAUUUAAGUGAUUGUCCUGAUGAUCUGAAAGUGAUUGUGAAUUGUGAUUUUCCUGUUAACUUCUGCCUGUUUUGUCUCCGAUAUGGUCAUGUUAUUCGUGUGCCCGCUAGUGGGAGGUUUAUAAACGCUAGCACAUGUCGACAUGUUCGUGAUAGAACUGGUUCGCUCGUGGCCCUACUAGUGGGGAUUAUACACUAGUACUCGUGUGCCCGCCAGUGGGAGGUUAUUAAAUGCUGGCCAUGACCUAUAGAGGAGACGUUUAUUUCGUGCCCGUACUGUAUCUGUUUUCGUGAUUGUACUUGUUGGCAUGCUUUAAGUUUGAUAAGGGGCACUCCAUAUUUACUUACUGAGUUUAUCUCAUAGUUUUUCCUUGUCCACCAUUUCAGGAUGUAAAAUCGAGGACGGGGAAAACCACGGGAAGUGACGAGUUAGAAGGCUAGCCAUAUUGUAAUUGGAUAUGAAAUUUUAGAAACAAAUCAUGAUCUUGUAUUUGGAGAUUUUAUGAUAUCAGAGAGAUUUUAUAAUUUGAUCUUCAGAUUUUGAUGGUAUCAGAGUGUGAAUAUGUUAAGUUCCGAGCCUUGUGCACUUGUGGGACUCAUCUCACGAGUGUUUUGGGGUUUUGGGGCGUGACAUACUUUAUGACGAGAAAUAUAAUCAUUGAAUCAAA